AAAACAUUAGGUAGAUCAUAGCUUCGUCUUCUACAUUUGAUUUUGUAAAUCCUUCCGUGAUCCUUAUCGAUGGCAGAUCUGAAAUCAACGUUCCUCGACGUUUACUCCAUUCUCAAGUCUGAACUGCUUCAAGAUCCUUCCUUUGAAUUUACCCACGAGUCUCGUCAAUGGGUUGAACGGAUGCUUGACUACAAUGUACGCGGCGGGAAGCUCAAUCGUGGUCUCUCCGUGGUUGAUAGCUACAAGCUCUUGAAGCAAGGUCAAGACUUGACCGAUAAAGAGACUUUCCUCGCAUGUGCUCUUGGUUGGUGCAUUGAAUGGCUUCAAGCUCAUUUUCUCGUGCUUGAUGACAUAAUGGACAACUCUGUCACACGCCGUGGCCAGCCUUGUUGGUUCAGACAGCCAAAGGUUGGUAUGAUUGCUAUUAACGAUGGGGUUCUACUUCGCAAUCAUAUCCACAGGAUUCUCAGAAAGCACUUCAGGGAAAUGCCUUACUAUGUUGACCUCGUUGAUUUGUUUAAUGAGGUAGAGUUUCAAACAGCUUCUGGCCAGAUGAUUGAUUUGAUCACUACCUUUGAUGGAGAAAAAGACUUGUCCAAGUACUCGUUGCAAAUCCAUAGGCGUAUUGUCCAGUACAAAACAUCUUAUUACUCAUUUUAUCUUCCUGUUGCUUGUGCAUUGUUUAUGGCGGGAGAAAAUUUGGAAACCCAUACUGAUGUGAAGAAUGUUCUUGUUGACAUGGGAAUUUACUUUCAAGUACAGGAUGAUUAUUUGGACUGUUAUGCUGAUCCCGAGACACUUGGCAAGAUAGGGACAGACAUAGAGGAUUUCAAAUGCUCCUGGUUGGUGGUUAAGGCAUUGGAACGCUGCAGUGAAGAACAAACUAAGAUACUAUAUGAAAACUAUGGUAAAAGCGAGCCAUCAAACAUUGCUAAGGUCAAAGCUCUCUACAAAGAGCUUGAUCUCGAGGCUGCAUUCAUGGAAUAUGAGAAGGAAAGCUAUGAGAAGCUGACAAAGUUGAUCGAAGCUCACCAAAGUAAAGCAAUUCAAGCAGUGUUAAAAUCCUUCUUGGCUAAGAUCUACAAGAGGCAGAAGUAGAGACUCUGGUCUCUCUGCAUGCUUAUUCUUCUGACAUUAUGUAUUGUGUCAUGACUUCAAUUCCUCUUUAGUAUUUUGUUCCCUUCCAAAAACUUGAAUUUGAGAUUCUUGUUGAUGCUGUGUAUAUAGAAAAAUAAAAAAAAUAGUUGGGAUCAGUGAAUCAUUGAUACUUGUUAAUGUGGCAAAAUUUUGGGUUA